UAGGAUGAUCGAUUUUUUCACCCCGAUGAGGGGCGGGCAGCAGACGGGGCACGUGACGGCCCCACGCAUAAGAGGCACCGGCUAACGACAUCUCCCUAGAGGUCUGGGCUCUGGCUAAUAUCCGAAAUCCUUCCUCCCCACCCUCCCCUUCUCCCCCCUUCACCCGUCUCAGGUCUCUGAGGUCCCCCAAAAUAUGGAACUUGAUUUUGGACACUUUGACGAACGAGAUAAGACAUCCAGGAACAUGCGAGGAUCCCGUCUGAAUGGGCUGCCUAGCCCCACACACAGUGCCCACUGUAGCUUCUACCGGACCAGGACCUUGCAGGCGCUGAGCAAUGAGAAGAAAGCCAAGAAAGUGCGUUUCUACCGCAACGGCGACCGCUACUUCAAGGGGAUUGUGUACGCCGUGUCCUCCGACCGCUUCCGCAGCUUCGAUGCCUUGCUGGCCGACCUGACGCGGUCUCUGUCCGACAACAUCAACCUGCCUCAGGGAGUGCGUUACAUCUACACCAUCGACGGAGCCAGGAAGAUUGGGAGCAUGGAUGAGCUGGAGGAAGGAGAGAGCUAUGUCUGUUCCUCGGACAACUUCUUCAAGAAGGUAGAAUACACCAAGAACGUCAACCCCAACUGGUCUGUUAACGUGAAGACCUCAGCCAACCUGAAGGCACCUCAGUCCCUGGCCAGCAGCAAUAGCGCCCAGGCCAGAGAGAACAAGGACUUUGUCCGUCCCAAGCUGGUGACCAUCAUCCGCAGCGGGGUGAAGCCACGCAAAGCAGUACGCGUCCUCUUGAACAAGAAGACCGCCCACUCGUUUGAGCAGGUCCUGACUGACAUCACCGAAGCCAUCAAACUGGAGACAGGGGUCGUCAAAAAACUCUACACCCUGGAUGGGAAACAGGUGACCUGCCUCCACGAUUUCUUCGGUGACGACGAUGUCUUCAUCGCCUGUGGGCCGGAGAAAUUCCGCUACGCCCAGGAUGAUUUUUCCUUGGAUGAAAACGAGUGCCGAGUCAUGAAGGGGAACCCACCAACCACCCCGGGCACCAAGUCAUCCCCGACGCCCCAGAAGAGCUCGGCCAAGAGCCCCGGCCCCCUGCGCCGCAGCAAGUCCCCCGCCGAUUCAGGUAACGACCAAGACGCAAACGGAACGUCGAGCAGCCAGCUCUCUACCCCCAAAUCCAAGCAGUCUCCGAUCUCCACCCCUACCAGCCCGGGCAGCCUCCGUAAGCACAAGGUAGACCUGUACCUGCCCCUCUCCCUGGACGACUCGGAUUCCCUCGGCGACUCCAUGUGAAGAAACCUACCGUCCAGUACUCAGAGAACCAGCCACACUUACCGUACAGUAUGGAGCAUCUGCUCAAACACAGCAGAUAGGGGCUAUUGGUGCUUUUCAAGUUUAAAACAACAACAAAAAGGACACAGUUCUUCUAUGUUGGGGUUUUUUUUUUUUUGGGGGGGGGUGUUCUUUUCCUGCCAUUUUUCCUCUGUGCCACAGAUCUUGACUAAUAGGGAUAGAUGGAUACCAUCCUUUGGGGAACUUUCUAGAGAAACCAAGAGAGCUGGCUGAUAACCUCCCCGGGAAUACCCGGGCCUGGUGACUUUUUCCCCCUUUCUCCUUCUUCUUCCCUUGCUCAGUCUUGCAGGCUGCCUUCUGGCAAGGGCUGCUGAGACAAGCCCCGAUCUCGGGGUCGGGGUGGGGGGAGAAAUAUCACAGACAGUUGGAAAUGGGAACAGCUGGAUCCUCGGCCCUGCGGAAAUGCUGGCGAUGCAGCGCUGUCUUGAAUUUUGUAUCUCCCACUGUCUCCCACCCUUUCUUGUGGCUCUGGGGGUAAAAAGGGAAGAUAUCCACCUGCCCUUUGGUAAGGACGCUUCCCCACCCUGGGCAGGGCUGAGCAAGGGGCCAGGGUAGGAAACAUGGCCUUGGAUGGUCCUGACAGCUAAGGCAGCAAGAUGGGGCCUCUCAGCCUCUCCGAUGGGACUUUCUGAACCCCUAAGCCACCUUUGUGAGGACGGGGAGGGAUCGACUCUUUCACAUCCCAGAAUCCCGUAAGUUGCCGGCUCGUACCAACUCCAUGAGACCCUGCUGAAUGGUAUCUAUCUAUCUCUGCUUCUCCUUUCUAAUGCCUUGUAAACAGCCAACACUGAAAACACUGUGAGAAUCUGUUUUCAGGUCUGACACCUUUUGGUCGCUUUUUAUAGCAAGAAACCAAUACGCUUUUUAUAAGACUUUUAUCUGUGUUUUGGGGAGUAAGCUACUCGGUCUCCUUUUUUAUAAACUGGUGGUUUUUCUUUUGUUUAAAAAACACAUGCAGAAAAUUUACCAAAAAAAAAAAAGAAAAAAAAAAGAAAAAAACCGCAGACUAGGUUAGCUUAGGAACCGUGCUGUCACUGCCAAACGGAAGCCUGCAGGAAAAACCGUAAUAGAUCUUUUGAUAGGUUUUGUAAUGAUGAAGUUGGCGUUAGCGAUUCCAAUUUUGCCCGGACACACUCACCUUCCUCCCAGUGGAGCUCUGUGGUGUAUCGCAAGUGACGCCUCCAGCGAAGAAGCUCAACUUUGGUACAGGCGAUAGAGAAGCCUCUUACUUGCAGUGAUAGAUUCCUCGAGGAGAUAAGAAGUUGCCCAUUCACUCGGUGUUAAGAGCCCAGGGUGGGCCUUGGAUUUCAGAGCGCAGAGCACUAGCACCGUUGCCGGAUUUGCACUGGCUCUGUUUUGGGCAUGGGCAAGCCGAUUCUGCCGCGGUGUUGGUUGCAGUCGUUCAGCAGAUCGCGUGUUUUAGGAUGAAUCUGCGUGGUGUGACAUUGGAUGUUUAAGUCACUGUUUGGCUACUGACUGAGAGCUGGUCACUCCCGACCCUAGACCGAACCAGUCCCAUUGGAUGCGUCUUUUGGCCUCCUGCAUGGGCGGCCUAGACCCGACCCACGGGACGUCCUUGAUGUGCAUGCGCCCUUCAGAUCAGGAAAACACCUGUUUUAGACUUCUGGUUUAGACUCGGUUUAGACUUCUGGUUGAAAGGGCCGCCGUCCCCCAUAUCUUCCCCGGGGGAUUUUCAGAGUGGGGAGCGGCGUGAGCCAAACCCCGUGGAAGCAUACGUCUUCAGCUCCUGUUGAAUGGAUCUUCAAAGUAGCAGUGCGUCUUGGGAGGGGCGCCUCUGAUUUCCUUCUCGAUUGGGACUCUGAAGGUCGUCCAGCUCUUCUCCCCACUUUGAGCCCCACUCUGGAGCUCGAGAGCUUAAAUUCCACAGGAGCAGAAAGACGCCGGAGCCCAAGGUCAGGAUACCUUGUCUGCCUGUAUCCUCCUAGCCUCCCUCCAUGUUUCUAGGGUGAACGGUUCAGCUCCAACUCUGGUCCUCCUUCCCCUCCAAUGGCCUAAGGAGUAGGAGGCCUCAACCUGGGCCUCCUGCCCACUGCACAGUGCGGGACGCUGUUGCCACUGGGCCGUGUGAUUCUCAGGCUCUUGUUCCCCUAAAGCAGGCUCCAGGCUCUGAAACAAAAGCCGGCCUGCCCGCCAUUUCAGUCUCUUAGAAAAAGGACACAAGUCUCCCUCUCUCAUCCAACUCCAAAGCCAUUUCCCAAGAGACACCCCCUCUGCCCCAGAAGGGCUGUUCUGAUCCCUGGAAACUUGGACAGGGAGCAGUUUUCGGAGGUGCGUCAAAGAACUACCUGGACCUUGGAAGGGUCACGCGGAAAGAACGUUACGUGGAACGGAGAAGGAAAAGAGCACUUGUUCUUUCGGGAGCCGCUCCGUUUAAUGAAAAGAGAAAAAAAGCCUUUCACAGUCGCCAGUGCUGAAACAGGGUAAGAGUUUUCUGCUCUGCCUCCUCUUGGAAUGGCUGUCCAGGUGGACCCAAGUUAUCCGCCGGAAAGACAAGGCAGGAGUGAUCCUAAUAUCCUACCUUAUUAGGCAGAUGUCACAUCAGCUGCGGUCAGACGUACGUCGCUACGUGGAAAGAGAUGCCGGCGGCUCCUUUGGCCACCCAUGGUUCCCAAACUCCCAAUGGGUUGGUCAAAAGAAAGGACCUGUCGUGAGGCAUGCUCUACUUCCUCCUUUAUGUGUUUUUCCAUCCCUUCGACUAAAGCCAGGGUCAGAUUCUUAGGCUCACUCAUCCUCCGUCAGUGAGCUGCCCAACUCCCCUCACUUAAUGCCCUGUACCACAACCAAAUCUGCAGAGCUCAUGAACAGACAGCAAGUGGCGAGGAGGGUGCAGGAAGGAAUCUCAGGGACUGGAUCUUCGGCGGCACUCUUGCCCUCACAAGCCCAUGACUGGAAGCGUGGUGAGUACCGGAUGAGGAAAGCAUUUGGGCCCCGCUGGGCGCAACUUGAGAACCGACAGAGUCCUCUGUGAUGCUCACGGCCGCCUUUGAUUUCACGUCCCUCGGGAGGCACGGAGCAGGUGCCCCCGCUGCCAUUUUGUUGAGUCAAAGGAAGACCUGAUGAGGAUCAGGGCCAUCUGGAGGUGGUUUUUUAGGGUCCUUGGGGUCCGCCUCCCAUCCCAGCUGUGUCAGACCUGACCAUCCGAUGGGCCCUCCUGUCCACCUCACCAUAACCUGCUGCAGAGUCGAAAAAGAUAAUCCCACCGCAGACAUCUUCCUCGGCUCUUGCCACCACCAGAUGACCUCCAGCCGCUGGGCAUCCCCAGUCUUGUUUCCUUGCCCCUGCCUCAAGAGUGGAAAGGGGGCUGAGGAGAAGGUGGAGGGAUGGGACUUGUGCAUAAAAAGGAUGAUUUGACUUUUCCUCAGGAGAAGAACCAUUGGCAAGAGGUGCUAGCUGCCCCUCCCUCCCCACCCCUGCCAUCACCUUUUCAGAGGCACGUUUCCUUGAUGCCUGUGGCUUCUGGGACAAAUCAAAGACAAAUGGGGGUUCUGCCAUGAGUGAGGUGCUUGCUUGUCCAGGGAGGAGAUAGACAGGGGAUCAACCUUAGUGGCGACAUGGUGGUCCUCCCGUCCUUCUCGCUUCACUGGGGAGAAAGGAGCAGCUGGGGAGUGGGAGGACAAAUGACUCUUCAAGAAGUUGGCCCAUUCUCCAGAGGCCGGCAGACAGACGUCAGUUAGAGCGUUUAGUGCUCAGGGAGCAGAGGGUUGAGUACAUAAGGAGUUCCUCGAAGAGCAGUUCCUCUGGGGAAGGGUAGAUCAGUGCAUGGAGAAUAUGGACUCUUUUGGUUUCGGGAGCUUGCUAGAGGCCCCUUCUGAGAGUUUGUUUGUGGCUCCUGGGAAGCAGGGGCAAAAUUAUUCUUGAGCACCAGCUAAACGGCCAUUAGAGUGUGACAAGGAGAGAUCAGAUACCGGUUGGGAUCCCCCAGGCUGCAAAGCUACAAAGGGGAUGGAGGGAAAGAGGCGCCUGCCAGAGUGUUUUUGAGCCCCUCUCCGGUCACUGGAAAGAGUGUGGUGAAAUGAAACUAGGAGCUUGGAGCCGAGGGGCCCUGAAGCCCAGGCAGGGCAAAAUGGAAACAACCAGACGGGAGCUUCGCAGAAGAGAGAGCUGGGACAGCUGCAGCAGGCUAGAAAGCAGGGGGUGGGGAGAUGGAGGACUAAGGGGCCGUGUCUCAUUUCCAUAAUGGUUCCUUCGCCCAGACUCAGUCGGGAAGCCACCGGGCAUGAUAGAUCACCCCAUCUCUCCUCAUCUCCUGAGACAAGGGCCAACUCAGCCUCCAGCAGAAGAUGCGCCAAACCGACUCCUUCCUGCUCCGGGGCCGUUCUAAGCUGGAGGCAUCAGCCUGGGAGGUUUAAAGAGGAACGAAAGGAUAGAGCUGAAAGUUAGCCUGGCCAGGGGUUCAUCCUGGAUUCUCUCCCACUUCCGGAGUGGACUCGGUGAGCGGAUGUCACCUCCAAUGGGGAUGUAGGUGCUACCGAAGGAGGGAGUGGGGGGCUCAAACCAGGUCUCGGAGGAGACGACCAGCAGAGAGUGAGACGACCGUACCUGGGGGUGGUCCCAGGCAUGACCCAUUGUGACCCUGAAUAUGCUCUAUCAUGCACUGGGAUAUAUCCCCACCAUUCUUUUCCAGUUCCAAAAGCGUAAGUUCCCAAAAGUGGGCCCUGGCCCACCCCUGCCUCUCACCUGGCACCGAGUCAUGAGGAGACUCAAAGCUCCUGGGUUUUCUCUCAGAAACUCACCGAACCCUCUGGCCUGCAGCUGACGAAGAGCGAGAGCCCCACACUUGCGAGAACCUGCCACAGUAACAGGGCCGGCGGGUCCCCAAGGAAGGAGUCCAGAUGGUCCAGGCGUCUCUUUCCGCCUCAAAAGCCUUUGAUUACCAUAUCUAAUUGGCCAGGGCCACGGCCCAGCUCAGUGGACGGAGCCUUUUGUUCUGGGCGUCACCUCGCACAAUGCCUCCUGAAGCUGACCUUUUAAGUCAAAGGACACCAGAGCCAAGGAAGAGGACUGCUUUCCAACAAAGGCCUAGCCUAGACCUUCCGUGCUGACAGCUUCCUCCCCCUCCCCCUUCCACUUUUCAUCCUAAUCGAGGGAACGCUCUUUUGUCUGUUUCCAAAAACCUUCUGAAAAGGGUUUCAAGGGAAGCUAGAUUUUUAAUGAACCGCUCGGAGAGAGUGCUAUUCAAGGAACCGUGACCCCAGAGACGGCUUCCUCUCCUGGUCGAACUAGAAGAGAAAGAGUCUUCCAACCCCUCAGGUUCCCCUCUCCAUCGGACUACUGUCAAGGGAUGAGGGAAAUCCGGUUUAGCUUGGAGGACAGGAGAGUGAAAACGGCAAACCUGGGCAUCCCACAUCAUCCCUGAUACACCAGCUGGAACUCAGAAUGCUUUUUUUCCCCAAAGUGACUGUGAUUUCCCCCCACCCCGGAUGAGGGGCCAUGGCUUCAGAAAUGCAAGUCGGCUAGAGAAAAGGCCACCAGCAUCUUGCCCUUUCCCCCAGACCUGCACGUGGCCUGGGGUAGCACCAGGCCUUCUUGUGCUUUCUCAUCCUGCCACCUGGCAGGAAUAGCAGAGGGCCUGUGUGGGAAAUCUUCUCUCCUCCCAUUGACCAACAGCAGUCUGCCCUUCCUUAAGUACAGGCCUCUCUUUUUCCCCCACAUGGAUUUUUUUCCUCUAGAUCCCUUCCAGAAUGGGAACGGGGCAUUUAUGAUAUUUGAGCUUGGGUUAGCUCCAUGCGGGCAAUUGACGUGAACCAAAGCGGGCCCCAGAGCUCAAUGUCUUGAGGGGUCCCCAGCUGAGAACCCCCCAACCCAGCCAAGAUACAAGACGGUGGCCCUGCCUAAGUGCGGCCUGAAAGGACAGAAUGAGGCCGUUGUGGACAAGGGGUGAGGAAGACUCCGAGUGAUUCUAGACCCACUUCGCCCUUUGGAAAGGAAGAAAGCUGAGUCUUAUUCCCCAACAGUCAGAGGGAAGGUCUUGCAGAGAACUUUGCUAGGUAUCCACCGAGAACAGCUAGCCUGAGUUUCACUUCCCACAAGCCACUACUCUUGGAGGCCAAGACCAUUUUUGGUUUAUUUCCACCUCUCCCUUCCCUCCCCUAGCGAACCCUCCCUAAGAUUCCAGCUGAACAGCGAGGCUCUAACCAGCCUGACCUCUCCCCAACUCGACCCUCUUCAGCUGUUGCCAUAGAGAUUCUCCGGUGCUGGCGAUUGGCCUAAUGCAUCUCCAUUAAGUGGAGAGCAUCUAGGGAAUCGAUCGCCCGGUUAAAUCGAUGGAGGCCCGCAGAUACAGUGGAAAUCUUAGGAAUAAGCAACAAGCUGGAAGCGCAGUAGGAAUUGUGAAUUUCGUGGUUCUCAUCUCCCGGGGCUCUAAGUUGACCUCCCACGACGGGGCCGCUAUCUUGGGAGGGAAGGUUGGCUUCGACGGCUCUCAGAGGUUACUAAGGCUCUGCCUUGAGCAUACGAGCUUCUCCCUCAUUGAGGUUGGGCACCCGCAGGACUUUCUUCGUGAUGAAAGAGGGGCCAGGGAUCUAGCGAUCCUGGAAUUUUAUAAAUUGGUUACAGGCUUUGAAUGGGCAGUGGCGUUACCGUCCUGGUGAUUGGUGUCAAUUAUACUGCCGCAUCUAUGGUUAUAAAACGUUUAUGUGGAAGAGCGAUUUAUUAGCAUCGGAUCGAGCGGAUGGGAGUUAGGUGUGUACAGAUCCAAAGGGUCAAUUUUCUUUUCACUUGCGUACCUAAAAUGGCAAAUCCAGAAGUGUCAGGGCUGUGAACUGCCUAGCCUGAAAUUAUCGUGGCUGGGAGCGGGCAAAUCCAGGCAGAAAUUAAGUCCUGGGGAAUACGGAGAAUUUGGAGCCUAUCGGGUCACCGGAGGUGGAAGAUUAAGCGCCCCCCCCCCACUUCCACCCAUGAAGAUAGCAGGGGCCGGGGAAGCUCCAAAAGGGAUGUCCAGCCCCGGAGAGGUCCAUGAUCCUUUCGUUGGCUGAAUCAAAUGGCUUUCUAAACCAAGAGUUUGGUCAAAGGGGGCAAGAGAGCAUUCCGGCUUCUAACCAAGGCUCUGUCCAUCUGUGACAUUGUAUAGGCAGGAAGGAAGGAGAGGAGACGGGGCAGACUUUGGCAGGUCGAAGCAUCGGCUCUCUGUCAUUUCUGAAAAGUCACUUCCUGCGGUCCCUCAGAGCGGCCCACCCCACCCUCUCGGAGGUCUUCCGACUGGGGGACAUUCUGGGGCCCGGUGAAUUGGUGGUGUUGUCUUCGUUUGUUAAGUGGGCAGCCCCCUCCCCUGCCUUCUGUAAGGCUCCUUGUGAGCCUGCUGUUUAAUUGAAAAGUCAGCUGCGCAAGGGGAAAUAUGCAGCCCAGUGGAAAAUCGACCUGUAGGUUUUACGAUCUUGAGGCUGCUGAUUGAUUUUGUUCGACUUGCUCAUCGUUGAACGAAGCUGCAAUAUAAUAUCCCCGAGAGGCCAUGGUGUGUUUUUGUUUGUCAUUUGGUGU